AUGACAGAAAAAAAAAGAAAAUCAGAGCUCUCCGGCGAGGAUGAACCCUCAUCAAAACGGCCAUCAUCAACUAUAAUAGGGAUAUCAAGAUCAAUCUCAGCAUGCCAAAGGUGCCGAGUCAAGAAAAUAAGGUGCGAUCAACAUUUUCCUAAAUGCUCCAAAUGUGUAAAAGCGGGCGUGGAAUGUAUUGGAUUAGACCCAGCAACGGGAAGAGAGGUCCCUAGAUCGUAUAUAUGUCAUCUAGAAGAUCGUAUAUCUAUUUUAGAAAACAAGCUUAAAGAAAGUGGGAUAAACCCAGAGACCCUAAAACUGGAACAGAGCAGUAUCGACAAGGAAAAUAUAGAGAACCAAAUGCAGCCUCCAAAGAUAGAACAAAAGGAAACGAAGACAGAUCCUGACAAUGCAAGUCUGACAGUUUACCAGGAAACGUCGUCGAGUAUAUCAUUUGCAAAAUUAAUGGCCACUGCUCUCAAGGUUACAAAAAAGUCAGCUGCAACAACCCCAGAUCCUUCUAUUUCACUGAAAUUUGAAAAAGUUUUACCUGCUAUCUUACCUCCAAAGCAAACUGCCAUUGAAUUCAUCAAGAUUUUUUUCGCUCAGGCGAAUAGUCAAACCCCAAUAUUACAUCGAGAAGAGUUUCUUGAAAAGUACUUCGUUCCCAUAUAUGGAAACCUUGACCAGGGAGUUUCAUUGGCAUCUAAUUAUACUGCAAUAAAUUACUCCGUCUUUCAAAAUGAUACGAUUAGAGAGGAAGACACCUGGUUUUAUAAUUAUAAACUGCAAUUUCAAAAUCUAUUGAAGAACAAUACGGAUGCAAACUAUAUAUCAAACAAUAUAAAGCCUCCCAGGCAGUUCCAUAGGCCAUUAUUUUUCAUGAAUAUGGUAUUUGCAAUAUCUUCUUCGGUACAUCACUUGCAAUAUCCAACUACGAUUUCGGAGUCCUUUCAGACGGCAGCCAAAAGAUACACGGAUUCGGUCUAUUCUUCUCAUGAUCUGCUUGAAUCUCUACAAGGAAUUUUGCUUAUGGCUCUUUAUUCUACUAUGAGACCAGCAGUGCCUCAGGUUUGGUAUGUUUUAGGAACUGCUCUUAGGGUCUGUGUUGAUUUAAAUCUCCACAAUGAGUUGAGCUCGACAAGGCAGAUCGUCAAUCCAUUUACCAAGGAUAAGAGAAGGCGGUUGUUUUGGUGCACAUAUUCUAUGGAUAGGCAAAUAUGUUUUUAUCUCAACAGACCGGUAGGAAUACCUGAUGAAAGCAUCGAUACUCCUUUCCCAUCGGAGCUAGAUGAUGCUUUGAUUGUUCCUGGUGAUAAUUCAGCUGGUGAUUACUCUAAUAAUAUUAGUGGAAUGCCUAGUUACAAAUCUAUUUCUUUAUCUUUUUUCAAAAUUAGGCAGAUUCAGUCUGAGGUCCAAAAAAUUUUAUACGAAAAUAGAGAAGUACCUCGGGCGUAUAAGAACCUCAAUGAUUGGAGGAAAGAUAUAGAGAAGAAAUUAAGACUGUGGAAAAACAAUUGUCCCAAGACUCCUAGAAAAAUGAACUGUGAUUUUAAUUUGGUCUUCUUUACACUCAACUACAACCAUACAUUAUUAAUUUUGCAUGGGUUAUCACCAAAGCAUUAUAAGCUAUCUCAAAAUGAUUUCGUGAUUGUAAGCGAGUCUUCAAAAGAAUUGAUUAGCUGCUAUUCUCAAUUACAUGAAACUAAAAGUAUAAAUUAUACUUGGGCAGCUGUGCAUAACUUAUUCAUGGCAGGUACUUCGUACUUGUAUACCAUAUAUAACAGUGAAGAGAUAAGAGGUAGAAACAGCAUAUAUGAAGUUAAAAAAAUUAGCUCUGAAUGUCUAAACGUUCUCGGAUCCUUGAUAGACCGUUGUGAUGCUGCUUUUGACUGCCGAGAUAUAUUUGAAAAUCUCACGAUGGUAGUAAUUAAAUUGAAAUAUAAUGAAACUGUACACGGAUUUUCAACAACUUCGUUAAAUGAGAAGUUUUCAAAGAUUGAUAAUGGAAAUUUGAAUUCCAAUGUGACAAGACUCGUAGAGAAUUUGAAUGAGCACAACAAACACAUCAUAAUCCCUGAAAAGAGUCUCAAUCCUUUCGACCAUUCUUUCAAGACAAACAAUCAGUCACUCCACGAGGAAUCGCAAUACGCUGUACAAAAGAUCAUUGAGACACAUAACAAUGAACGUUUGAGAAAUCAAUCUCCUGCAACGUUCGAGUGGAUAACAGACAAUAAUCAAGAAAACAUGCAUGGAUUAGACAACGGACCCCAAUACGACUUAAAUCUGUUCUUCAAUGAACUUGAGAACUUGUCACCAAUAUCAUCAAAUUCUCGAAGGAACAGUAUUCCUGGAGGCAAUAAUAAAUUCAAUUUCAAUUCCAACGUACAAUCACUCCAGGAUACACCGCUUUCAAAUGACAGUAACAUGUCUGCUCUAUCGUCACCAGUUUUGCUGAGGAAUCAGACUAAUCAAAAUGAAGACAAAGGUGUAAGUAAUUCGGCUUCAAUAUAUCCGAAGGACGGAAGAAAGGUUUAUGAAUUGAUACAGCAAAUGCCGACAGAAUCUAUUUGGGACCAAUUUUUUACGGCCUCUGCUUCCAAUGGAACUAUGGGUUUGAAUUACGGACCAUUCGUCAAAGAAGAAACUGGUGACCAAUUAUAG